AUGGUGCGCACGGCAGCAGACCGCUGGAAGCGCGUGAAAAGAGCCCCUCUGGACCUCCUGAAAGCGGCCGCCGCCCAGCCCUUCGACGAUAACUCUUUGUUGGGCCAAGCCGCAGUCUUCCGCGCGAAGCGCGCGAAGCGCCACAAGCCCGCGCCGGCGCCGAAGAAGGCGGUGCUGAAGGAUCAGCCUCCGGGACGAUUGUUACCGUUCAAGGAAGGGACUUCGGUGAAAGUCGUGAAGCGCAAGCUCGCCGUCGGUAAUGCUCCAGAGGCGGGCCAGCCCGAGGUCGAGGCCUUGGUGAGGGAGCCGAUGGGGCGGGAGGGCUCCCUCGAGUCCGACUGGAAUUUGAGGAGGAUAGGCGCUUUAUUAGCCAAGUCCGAAGCGAUGGACGACGAGUACGCCGUGGCCCGGCGGAAGAUCUUCAACCCCUUGCCUACUACGAAAGACAAGGCUAGUAAGGCGCCCGUGACGGGUCUGAGGACGUCCGGGCUUGUCACACGUUCAAUAGUCGCGUUGGAUCAUUUAGGAGACGCGUCGGCAUUGAGGACCGAAGGAUUAAUAAGGUUGGAGGGUCCCAUCACCAUAAAAAAACGAAAACCGCCCGUGCCGCGCCUGCACUUGGAUCGCGUCGAACGAGACCCGCUCGAAGGGUUCAUGCCAGGACAUCGUAUCGGAGCCAAUAAAGAUAGAGUCGAUCUACUCAGAGAACCGAUCCGAGACCGGGACAAGGACUGGCGCGCCCUGUCGUGGCGGGACCACCUCGUACUGAGAAACGGCGACGGCGUCGAGCGCGCGAGACGAAGAACAGAGGUUUCAUCAGAGAUAAAUUCUGGGGCGGCGACCGCACGCGGUUCGUUCCCGAACUACGACGAGCAGCAUCCACGCACAUCAUCGAAGCGCGAGGAGCCAUUAUCUCGCGGACGCGAGGCCGGUUGAGCGUGAUUGGGAUUGGCUUUGCCGGGACCGUGUUUGAGAAGUUACAUGACGAGGAUCAUAGCACGCGCAUGAUCAAGAUCCAGUUCCAGGCUCCCUCCAAUUCAAUUUCUUGGUACCAGAUGGAUCGGCGGGGUCUGUUGCACAUCUUCUCGGAGCGCGAGGAUCGAGAUUCAUUGUUGGUGCCGGGGAACCGUCCUAAAUUGAUCAACGCUCUCUUGGAGCACAGCUACUUCGUCUAUGCUCUCACAGAGUGCUGGUGGGGCGCGAGGCGCCGGCCGGAUGGGGUACGAGUGCUCCCUUCGGCGAGCACAACGACGUCGAGAAAGAGUCAUCACAGUUAAAGGGCACGCGGACGACGUACUACACGCAUUUGGAACAGUGGGAGGCGGAGCCCGGCGUGAUCCCGAGGAAGGGCCCGCAUCUGCCCGACGAAUGUAGAGUUUAUAGAGAAACGAAGGCGAAGAAGCGGUUCAAGGCGCGGCUCGCGCUGCUGCGGGCCAUGUCCCCCGAGAAGAAUGCCACUACUCUCUUCGAGGCGCCGUCGCCGUCGCGGCCGGCGUCGUCCACAACGCGGCCGCCCUCGGCCCCGCCCCCGCCAGCUGUGUCCGCGCCGACGCCCGCCGCGGCCCCGGCGCCCGCCAGUAGUACACAAUCGGCGGCCGGCGUCGGCGCGGCGGCCCCGGCGCCCGCCCGGAGUAGUAGACCAUCGGCGGCCGGCGUAGGCGCGAGACCGUCCUCGAGACAGCAGAAGAAGCCCGAGAAGUGGCCGGGCGCCUACACCGUGAGACUGUGCAUGGCCCUACGCGUGGGGCCCGUCAGACGAGUCCACCUGGACCAAGUGAGACACGUCGAACGAGCAAUCAAGAAAGAUAGAGAACAAGCUGUGGCGGCCUACAAGGCCGCGAAGUGGCACCUGACGCCGAAACGGUACCGGGGCUGCGUCGUGGCCUGCGGGGCCUAUGUGAAGGGUGAAUCUUGUGCAGUCCGGGUCUACGACGCGCCGGCGUUGCUCAACAAGAUCUGCACCGUGAGAGUCACUCAUAUAAGGACCGGAUUGGAGUACGAGUGUCGCCUGCCUUAUACUGAUUUAGCCAAGUGGACGUCUACCGAUGAGCCAGUGGACGAGGACGACGUCGAGGGCCGGAAGCGCCUCGCGCGCAAGAUUCCCUCGCUGCUGUCUUUCUGUUCCGAGAACGACCUGGCGCGGAAGGCCCACGCCGAAUCAGUGAGGAGGUGCCACGCGCGCGGCAUGCCGGGGCCACAGGCACCAUUGCUCGAGAAGGGUCCUAGUCUCGAGGUCCUGAAGAUCGGUCCUAGAUCGGUCCCCUUGGACGCGGACUAUUUGACGGGUGAGAAUGUGCUAGAAACGCAUGCGCAGCAGAAGUACACGAAGCCGCUUUAUUUACAAAGUGGCAUUGCGGGAGAUUGUCUGUUCAAGCAGCAGGGCUACGGUCCGGGGUUGGUGCACGCUCUGUCAUCUCCCCUCAAAACGCCCUCGUCUCCCACAGAAAGGGGGUCGUACCGACUCAUCAAAAGAAGAACACAUGCUCGCUGCGUGGAGAAAGAAUUGCUAGCGCGAGGCGCUUCAGUCGUAGAAGGGAGACGGUGCCGCUUCGAGUGCCUGCGGACUUUGGAAGACAACUACGAGCUCCGGCUCUUCUUCGACGUCAGGGAGACCUACACGCUGCCCCUGCGGAAACAUGCUGUUGAUAGAUACGGCAAGGCCUCGGCGUCGUCCAAGUUCGUCCACGUGAAGAGGGAGGAGGCCGUCCUCGAUGCGCGCAACGCCGCCAUCGUAGCGGAAGGAGCCUGCCUCGACGACUUUGAUGAUGAGGACGCCGCGAAGGCGAACGCCGCCGCGGGCAUGGCGAUGAGCGUGCGCGACCGCUUCAGGAAGAAGCGGAAGAAGAAGAAGGGCCGCGGGCCGCCCAAAGUGGGCAUGUCGCGGGAUGAGAAGAAAGCUUGCAUGGCUAUUGCGGUGGCUUUCGUCGUAUGGAGUUUCGCGGGCCUGCUACCUUCUCGGAGUUUGUUCGGGACUUGGUCGAGCAAUGCGUUGAUGAUGCUCUCCAAGAGCCUCAGAGAGUUGUGA